AUGAGUAAAAGUAAGGACGGUGAGAGUAUUAUUACGCAUUUAGAAUCCAUAACAAAUCAAGAUCAAUCAUGGUGGAUGGCAGAGAAACAGCCUAGUACAGAUGUAAACAAAGGAGAUGAAACUAAUAUGUCAGUUAGAUCUAAGACUAAGUCAAAACAAUCGGGUGUAUCCAGUAUUUUAACUGCCCGAAAAGCGGCAAUAUUAUCAAAGAAAUUCGAAGCUGAAAAGGCAGCUCUUCGUUUAAAGUUGUUGGAAGAGGAGAGUGUACAGUGUCAGGAAGAGGAAAAUGAGCUACAAAUAUUGGAACAGAAACAGCGUCUGCAAGAAGAAGAACAAAAGCGUCUAUAG